UUUUUGACAAGUAAAAAAAGAAAAAAAAAAACAUUAUUAACCAAAGUACAAAGUAGCAAAAUAUUUUUUAUAUGAUGGUAAAACAAACGUAUUAAGCCCUCUCUCUCCCUCUUAUUUCGUGCGAACUCGUCGGCUUCCCGUCCCCAGUUUCUCUCUCCUCUCUGUCUCUCUAAACUGUUUGGGGGAAAAAACACAAUUUCGCACCAAUUUCUUCUUCCUUAAUCGAUGACAUUCUUUCACAAUUUCUUCAUCCUUCCAGAAUUUUCUCAGCAAAAGCCCUAAUUUCUUCCAUCCUUUUUCUUUCGAUUUUGAUUUUAAAUGUUGUGGAUUGCUCCUGAUGAAAUAGUGCAGUUUUCUUGCUUGCAAUUGAUGGAAAAUGGCUGUUCAGAUGGAUAAACCUUCAGUAAUUUCUCCUAGGGAGCGUGCUCAGCGUCUUUACAAUAAUAAUGUCGAGCUGGAAAAUACCCGACGUAAAUCUGCACAUGCAAGAGUUCCUUCAGAUCCUAAUGUAUGGCAACAACUGCGAGAAAACUAUGAAGCCAUAAUACUGGAAGAUCUUUCCUUCUCUGAGCAGCUUGAAAUUGAGCUUGCUUUAUGGCAGUUGCAUUACCGGCGAAUAGAAGAGCUACGGGCACUCUAUAAUGCAGCUUCUUCUGCAAAGGUUUCUUCUGCUGCCCAAAACGGAAAUGGUGGCCCUGCGCGUCCUGAUCGACUGGCUAGAAUACGCUCUCAAUUUAAAACAUUUCUGUCAGAGGCAACAGGAUUCUAUCAUGAGCUCAUGUUGAAAAUAAGGGCAAAAUAUGGCCUAUCUCUUGAUUAUUUCUCAGAUGAUCCUGAUGAUCAGAUUUUGCUCUCAAAAGAUGGACAAAAAAUCGCUGAUAUAAAGAAAGGCUUGAUUUCUUGCCACCGGUGCUUGAUUUACCUUGGUGAUCUUGCUCGCUAUAAAGGUCUCUAUGGGGAUGGUGAUUCCAAAACUCGAGACUUUGCUGCAGCUUCUAGCUAUUAUGUGCAAGCAUCUUCUCUGUGGCCGUCUGGUGGUAAUCCACACCACCAGCUUGCUAUAGUGGCUGCAUAUCAUGGCGAUGAAUUGGCUGCAACUUACCGCUAUUUUCGGAGUUUGGCUGUUGAAAGCCCUUUUACAACCGCAAGGGACAAUCUUAUCAUUGCAUUUGAGAGGAAUCGUCAGAAUUAUACACAACUUCUAGGGGAGUCUAAAACUCCAAUAGUAAAAGCAGCCACCUCACGGAUGUCUGGAAAAGGGAAAGGAAGAGGUGAUGGUAGGGGGGCUUUGUCGAAAGAAAACAGACGCCAAACCAGUCCAAGUAAAGAAAAGGCCCCUAGUAUUCCUGAAACUUUGAAAGCAUUCUGCAUUAAGUUUGUCAGAGUGAAUGGCAUAUUGUUCACUCGCACGAGUCUGGAAACCUUUGCAGACGUGUUAUCAAUGGCCAAGAACGAUUUUCUUGUGCUUCUUUCGUCUGGCCUGGAAGACCAAUACAAUUUUGGGUCAGAUGCUGCUGAAUGUGGGCUUGUUAUUGUCAGGCUGGUGGCAAUUCUUAUAUUUACGGUACACAAUGUGAAAAGAGAAUCUGAGAAUCAGUCAUAUGCUGAAAUCCUACAGCGUUCGGUCCUCCUGCAGAAUGCGUAUACUGCUGUUUUUGAGUUUAUGGGACAUAUUAUUGAGCGAUGCUUGCAGUUAUGCGAUCCUUUAUCAUGUUAUCUAAUGCCUGGAAUUUUAGUCUUUGUGGAAUGGUUAGCUUGCCAUCCAGAUGUUGCGACUUGCAGCGAAGCAGGGGAAAUUCAAGCUAAUGCUAGAAUUUUCUUUUGGAAUUCCUGUAUAACCUUGUUCAACAAGCUUCUGUCAAGUGGGCUGCUUUCUACUGAUGAAGAUGAGACAUGCUUUUCCAACAUGAGCAAGUAUGAAGAAGGUGAAACAUCCAAUCGCCUUGCUCUAUGGGAAGACUUUGAGUUGAGGGGAUUUCUGCCCCUCCACCCUGCACAUCAAAUCCUUGACUUCUCUAGGAAGCAUACAUUUGGGAAUGGUAGUGAUGGUGGAACUAAGGAGAAAACAACUCGUGUCCAGAGGAUAAUAGCUGCUGGCAAGGUCUUUGCUAAUGUUGUUCGGGUUGAGCAGCAGGGUGUUUAUUUUGAUCCUGACUUGAAGAAAUUCAUUUUUGGUGCUGAGGCACAAUUAUGUCUUGAAUCCUCACCUGAAACAUUGAUGUCAAAUGUCAUGGGCCAAGAAUUAUCAGGUGAAAAGAAAUCAAGUCCGAGAGCUUUGGGACCAGUGAAGGUGGCCGAGGUUGAUGAUGAAGAAGAGGUUAUUGUUUUUAAGCCUUCAGCUGCAGAUAAGCAAGUUGAUGUUGGGUAUCCAGCUUUGACUUCUUGUGAGGAUCUUGGGCUUGUUUCUAAUGUGUCUGGUGGAAAUUCGGUAGUUUUUAAUCGACCUGUGUCAGCAUCACCAAAUGGAAACCUUCUUAAUGGAGUUUUUACCAAUGGAAUUGUUCAGAAUGGUCUUGAUGCAAUGUUGAGGUCAUCCAUGUCUGUUGCUAAUGCGUCCUCCCAACAUGUGCAACCUACGCAACUUCCUAGUUCUGGCUGGUUGCCUGAGCAGCGGGCUUCUGUGUUAAAUGGAUUUAGGAAUCUGAGUUUGAUGGGUAAUGGGCAUAUAAUGAACCAAAAGCCUUCAGAACAUUUCACUCCUUUGCAAUCUGCUGCCCUAUCACUUCCGUUUUCGCAUGCUGUCAAUUCCAAUACUAGUAAUGGUUACCCAGUGCAGGUUUCAGAAGCUGUCAUGCCAUCUAAAACUGACUUUAUUAUAUCGUCUGGGCCUGACUUGAACAUUUCCACUAUCAUCAAGCCCCAGUCAGUCUUUCCAGUUGGUUCUCAAAAAAAUCCAGUUAGUCGGCCAAUCAGACGCAUAGGCCCUCCACCAGGUUUUACACCUGCUACUCCUAAAUAUGCUAUUGAACCUCAGCAUGAGCCAAGUGUGAAGGAUGGAAACCCAAUGAUGGAUGAUUAUAGCUGGCUUGAUGGAUAUCAGAUGCCAUCCUCAACAAAGCAAGACACAGGGUUUGACCUCUGCACCAAUUUUAAUGGGUCUUUAUAUAGUCAUGUUAGCAAGUGGAAUGACUCGCCAGGGGCAAUUAGCUUUCCUUUUCCUGGAAAACAGGCUUCAGUAAUCCAAACCCCAGUUGAGAACAAUAGACACUGGCAAGACUUCCAAUUUCCUGAUCAGCUGAAUCUCUGCGAGCAACAACAGCAGCUAGGAAAUCAGAAGGCAAUUCCAUUUACACCACAGUUUCAAGGCCAAUCUCUGUGGGAAGGUCGUUUUCUGGUGUGAAAACUAUGUCAAAGGCUUUAGAAGAAUCCACUGAGGUGAUUAUCCACAGGCAGAUGCUAAAGUUUCUGCGCUGCUUUGGUCCUGCAUUGAUAUUAAGUUUUUGUUGAAGCUUGAGUGAUCUUGGGAGUGUUGCAGGCCCCUGCUAUUGAAACAGGUGCCGAGGUAUCCAGGAUGGGAUGGAUGGAGUCAAUGGACGAGUAGGGGGGACUGCAUUGGAAAUCUAAAGGGUUAGUGCUAUUCUGCCUGAAUGGAUGGGGGCAUGUCUCUUUAGAUCGGGAUGUGGUUGGAUCGGCUUUUUAUGCUCGAUAAGUAUUAGCUUACACUACUAGGCCUUGGAUCGAUGAUAUGCAAAUACGGGAUGUUAGUAGGCAUUGCAAAAACCAUCAAUAAAAUCAGUUGAGGAAGCUGAUUUAAGUGAUGGUAUCUGGGCAAUUGCUUUUGGGCAGCCUUAAGUUUCUACAUAUUAAAUUUCAUCUGUUUUUUGAAGCAAAAGAUUAUGCACAAUGCUUAUAUUAGUAAUAGUUGAGAUAACCCCAGGUCUACUAUCGCGUUAUGGCAUUUUUAGCCUGUGGGGAGUACUCUUAGUAAUAACUGGUCACUGGAGUAUGUUCCUUAGACCAGACUUUGUUUUAUGUUUUCCAGACUUGGUUUGUUUUUUUUUUUUUCAAGACUUGGCUUGUUUGCUGCUGUUUUGCCCAUUGUGGGCAAAUUAGCUUUUAUAGUAUUGCAGGAUUUUUACUACUAUUGAUUGAAAUUGUACUCCAUUUGCUUGUUAUUAUCUGUUUCUCACCUUCCUUUUCAUUGAUAGCUAUAUGCUGCUACGA